ACACUCUGUUUGGCUACAACUGAACUGAGUGUUCAAAUAUCAUUUCCCCCAUUUAAAAAAAAACAGGGUUAAUGAUGGCCUUGCUCAACUCCAAAGGAAUUCUAAAAUGAAAGACAAUUGGCCCGUGAGCCUUGCAAAGAUAAGGUCUCUACUUCAUUUGUCUGUGCCCUUCAGCACCGGGCAUAGCGCUUUGUGCACCUAGUACAUCUCGAGUGAGUAUUGUCUAGACCAAUCACUGAAGUCACCUGUUCCACCCGACGUGUAAGGAAACCGAAACCCAAGGAGGGACAGCGACACGGGGAGAUCAAACAUGGAAAGCGCCCAGUACCUGACCUGUGUUGAGCAUUCAGUCAACCCUGGGAACCCCAACCCCGGGAGGAGCCAGCCCAUCAACCUGAACCACUAUGCCACUAAGAAGAGCGUGGCAGAGAGCAUGCUGGACGUGGCCCUCUUCAUGUCCAAUGCCACGCGGCUGAAAGCAGUGCUGGAGCAGGGACCAUCCUCCCAUUACUACACCACCCUCGUCACCCUCAUCAGCAUCUCUCUGCUCCUGCAGGUGGUCAUCGGAAUCCUCCUCGUGGUCAUCGCACGGCUGAACCUCAAUGAGGUGGGCAAGCAGUGGCAGCUGAACCAGCUCAACAAUGCUGCCACCACCCUGGUCUUCAUCACGGUCGUCAUCAACGUCUUCAUUACGGCCUUCGGGGCACACAAGACGGGCUUCCUGGCUGCCAGGACCUCAAAGAAUCCUCUCUGAACACAGCCUGGGCCCCAGGUCGCAGGUCUGGAACAGCUUCCGCCUCUUUCCUCCCCGCUCUGCUAGGCUGAUGGGCACUUUCCACAGCCCCUGGGAGAGCUCCGAGAAGGGCAAUGGAGAUGCCCUUGCUCCCUACCCAGAGCAUCUGAAUGAAGACGUGCUAUUUUACUGGUCUAAGUGAAUCCCAUCUUGGUCUGAGUCCUGAGCUCAGACUGGGGUACUGCCGACCUUGCUUUCUGGUAGCAUCUCCCGCACCUAAGGCAUGUCUACCUAAGGCCAAGCCUGCCCGGCUUGAGGACUUCUUAGUCCACCUCAUUCCUUCCCUCUGACCUAUCCAUUCCCUCGGCUCCAGUCCUCAGUUUUCCCUUUUUGUAAAAUGGAAUGAUCUCUAUCUAUAAAGUUUUCUGCA